AUGUAUUUUCCUGCACAGGGAAACAACUUCUUCCCCCUUGUCGCGUCGUACAACGAGCCUCCCCGACACCGACCGAAAACACCGCUCUUCAUCCCCUUUACAAGAAACAACGCCAUGAUGCGACAAACCGUUCUUGGAUACAUCGCGAGUGGAUGGCCAAGAGAAGAUAUCAUCAUCGUCGAUAACAGCGGCACAGCCGAUGCCAAUAACCUUAAGCUCCUUUCGCAUGACAACCCCUUUUUCCUCGACUAUGAUUUGUUUCGAUACAGAUACGGUGUUUCGAUAUUACAGACGUCUGUGCUUCUCAACUUUGCCCAAAUACAAAACUUUUUGAUGAGGGUAGCCAUGGCUCGUCACUGGCCAUACUACUUCUGGAGUCACAUGGAUGUCGGCAUCCUGAGCCACGAAGAAGAGACACCCUACACGUCGUUUUACGAACGCAUUCUCAAAGUCCUCGACGAAGCCGAGUCAUCUCGAAUCUCAGGAAAAAAGUGGGCUGCCAAGUUUUUCAACUUUGACUACCUCACUCUGAUCAACGUCGAGGCAUGGAGACACAUUGGCACAUGGGACGUGUUUAUUCCCUACUACGCUACAGACUGCGAUGCCUAUGGGCGAGUCAAGAUGCUGGGCUAUUCCAUUGAUGGCGUCCAUGCUGGACACAUAUGGGAUGUUAAUAACUUUGUAGACGACCCCGAAUCAAGGUUCUUCCCGCCUGCGUCUCAGCCAUCGUUGGAAAAGGAUAAAGACUCUGCCAACCACACCUCCGAAGACAAUGCACCGAACUCUGCGAGGUUCCAGGCUUUACGAGAGGAGCUACAGAAAAUCCAAGACGCGAAAAACAGCGAUUCGAAGGGCCGUAAUACAUGGCAGAACAUGCAAAAGGGAGGAAAGGGGGAGCCAUGGACAUAUGACCCCGCUGGUUUCCAAGUUGCCUGGUGGGAAAUGGCAGAGGACGGACGGAAGCUCUUUAGACAUAAAUGGGGUGAUGGUGGCUGUGAUCUUUUCGAAGAGAAAAAGACAAUUGAAGAUAUGUGGAAAGAUGCGAAGGAUGAUUAA